CAAUCCGCCCAUAUAUUUUUUUUUUUUUGGAGUAGACUGUUUCACAGUCGGAAAGGACGCGGAACGCACAAGGGGCAGGAUGGCAUGCUAGAGAAUACUUUUAUUAGGGUUGGUGCCCGCACGCGGGGACGACAAUGGAUUCACCUCCGGAGAACGACGUCUGCUCGGUAUGCCACGAGAGAUUCACGCUGCCAUGCCAGGCGAACUGCUCCCAUUGGUUCUGCGGGAGUUGCAUAAUGCGUGUAUGGCAUCAUGGAUCUGCCCUUCGACCAUGCAAAUGUCCCAUAUGUCGUCGUCUUAUAACUUUGUUGAUACCUACUGAGACCUCACAGAGUCAACGCCAUGAGCCAGCAGCUAGCCAAAUUUUGGAGAACAUUGAGAAAUAUAAUCGAUCAUUUGGUGGUGGUUCACACAGCAUCAUGCAGAGAUUGAGGGAUCUUCCUUUUUUUACUCGAAGGUUGUUAAGGGAACUGAUGGACCCUCAAAGAUCACUUCCUCUUGUUUUCAGGGCUAGAAUGAUCUUUGCUAUUGUACCGACUAUACUGUAUGUUCUGAGCCCUAUCGAUAUCCUUCCAGAAGGGGUUUUUGGUCUUGUCGGAUUUAUUGAUGAUUUGCUCAUUCUUCUGAUUGCUUUUCUGCAUCUUGCUGCUCUGUACCGAUCAAUACUCCUUUACAGGCAUGGAGGCCAGUGAAAUGUGUUCUGUUAUUCAGCUUGUAUUGUUUUGACGUAACAGGUUGCAUGAGAAUAGGAAGCCAAAAACAUGAUGAGUGUUCAAAAUUUAUUAUUGAAUACUUCUUUCGUCGCUUGUAAAAUUUAAAUUUAGCUCUGUUUUUUCCUUUUAUUUAUGAAGAUUAUAUCAAACUCAAGAAAUGUCCAGUAAGGGAUUGACCAAUAUUUGUUAUGUUUGAAAACUCAAA